GUAGCAAAAUGGAGCAAUCUAUUCCAUUUAUCUGUCUAUCAAACCAGCUGUUUGUCAUAACAAACACAAUAUAGAAAUUUGUGUUGUGCUUUUGUUGUGCAAAAAUGGAAUCCAAAUCAAAAAGGUCUCGUACCCCGAAUUGGGAUUCGUCCGAUAAAAUACUCCUCCGACAGCUUAUAGAAGACAAAAUUGAAAUUAUUGAAAAUAAAAAUGUUGACACCAACACAUCCCGCAUAAAAAGAGACGCCUGGCGUGAAAUAACCCAUAGUUUCAACAGUUUAAGCGCAACGAUUAGGGAAACAUCUCAAAUUCAGGCUCAAUGGCGAGGAACUAAAAUGAAGGCCAGAGCAGAGAUGUCGGCCUUCCCAAGAAACCUGAGAGCAACAGGUGGUGGAUCAUUUAAACGGAAGAUUAACUGCAAAGACAGCGAACUCCUCAAAAAUGAAUUGUUUCAGUUCGCUAUGGCAAAUCGGAGAGCCGAAAAAGAGUUUAUGCAGCUUGAGCACGACGAAAAAAUGAAAAGCAUAAUAAUGGAGCGGGAGAUUAAAUUAAAAACAUUAAAUAUGGAACAUUUGGAAAGGGAGAAAAUGCUUGAGAUGGAAAGGAGGCAUACAGAAGAAAUACACCAGCUCAAAAUGAGAAAAUUGGAAGAGCACUUUUCGCUGUAGUGUGUGAUUUUUAGCUAUUAUUUUCCAUUCCGUCCAUGAUGAAUUUGUUUUUGUUUUUUAUAAGUGUUCUUUUUGUUUCAUGUUUUUCUUUAGUUUUGUUAGUGACGUUAAUGUUUUUA